CGGGGAGGAGGAGGAAGGCGCUGGCGGGCAGUGAUGGCGGCGGGUGAUGGGGACGUGAAGCUAGGCACCCUGGGGAGUGGCAGUGAGAGCAGCAGCGACGGCAGCAGCGAGAGCCCAGGCGGCGCGGGAGCGGCAGCAGAAGGGGGCGGCUGGGCAGCAGCGGCAUUGGCGCUUUUGACGGGGGGCGGGGAGAUGCUGCUGAACGUGGCGCUGGUGGCGCUGGUGCUGCUGGGGGCCUACCGGCUGUGGGUGCGCUGGGGGCGGCGGGGUUUGGGCGCCGGGGCCGGAGCCGGCGAGGAGAGUCCCGCUGCCUCUCUGCCUCGUAUGAAGAAGCGGGACUUCAGCUUGGAGCAGCUGCGCCAGUACGACGGGUCCCGCACCCCGCGCAUCCUGCUCGCGGUCAAUGGGAAAGUCUUCGACGUGACCAAAGGCAGCAAGUUCUACGGCCCGGCUGGUCCAUAUGGAAUAUUUGCUGGUAGGGAUGCCUCCAGAGGACUGGCGACAUUUUGCCUAGAUAAAGAUGCACUUAAAGAUGAAUAUGAUGAUCUCUCAGACUUGAAUGCUGUACAAAUGGAGAGUGUUCGAGAAUGGGAAAUGCAGUUUAAAGAAAAAUAUGAUUAUGUAGGCAGACUCCUAAAACCAGGAGAAGAACCAUCAGAAUAUACAGAUGAAGAAGAUACCAAGGAUCACAAUAAACAGGAUUGAACUUUGUAAACAACCAAAGUCAGGGGCCUUCAGAACUGCAAUUCUUACUCCCUUUCACAGAAUGUCCAGCGUCUUUGGGUUUGGUUCACCUGCUGCAAAAAACAUUCAACAGAUUGUAUACAAGCUAAAUGAGUCUCACUUUGAAGAUUUGAAUACUAGACAUUAUUUAUGCUGCCAACCUCAUUUGUUGCAGUUGUUUGUAAUGUCUGGUGGGGCUUCAUCAUCCUGAAAAGGAGGAAACAGGGACUUUUUUAAAGAGCAAGAAAGUCACAAGGUUACUAUUCCCUCUCUCCCUCCUUCCCUCCCUCCCUCCUAUUUUUUUUUUUUUUAAAUCAAAGACAACCAGAUAUGUAUUUGCUACUUAAGUGUACAAAUCUCCUCAAAAACAGCAAGAGAUUCAUGUGCUGUGUUUUUGUUAUAGCUCUGAGGGAGGAGACCUAGGCAGGAGAGGUUGGGGGUGCACAUCAAUUUGAGUAGUUUAGAUUAUUGAAACAUUAAAAUGUGAAUUCUCAAACUUUUCUUUUUGGGUUUUGUCAGGAAAAAGGAAAAAACCCUGCUAAGAAAUCUUUGGAAAUUAGGAGAAGGGAUUUCAAGUGGAUCUAAGUCAAAGUUAAUUCCCAAUAGUAAGAUCAUUUGAAACUAGUUUUUAUCCCUUCCCUUCCCCUAGAUCAAAUCAAUAUUAAUUGUGCCUUAUUUCACUUACAUAGACUUGAAUUAUUUUUAGGGAAAGCCCCUAUGUGAAUUCAGAAGUCAUUACAAGCAGCAUUGAGACUGAAGUUGGAAUAUUCUGUUGACUGCAAAACUUUGAUGUCAUUCUGUGUACAUAGAAUGUAAAAGGAAUAUUCAGUGUUACUGCCACAUAUGUUAAUAUACACAAACUUAAUUAGCAUUGUAAUGGCCAAAUGCAUUCCCUCAUGCUUUUUCUCUUUUAAAAAAAAAAAUCAAAAAUCAAAUCAACAACUUUGUCCCCCAACAGCUGCCUAAUUUUAGGAGUCUGACCCUCACAUCUCAUUGGUGUGGGUGCAUGGGGCUGUGGUAUGGAUGUUGUAUGGGUGCGUCUGAAUGUGUGUGAGAGCGCCUUGGAAAGGACUCUGCAGAUACUGUAAAUACCAGUACCAUUUUAAUAAAGCAUGUACAAUAAACCAAAA